ACCAACAGAAACACACACACGCACACACACACACACACACACACUAACAGACACACAAACACACACCAACAGACACACACACACACACGCACACACACACAGGUUUUAGAGUGUCCUUUACAGCAGCUCAGAGUCUUGUCUUUAUCUCAUAAAGUCUGACUGAAUCCAGCUGAUCAACUUCUUAAGUGCUGAAUCAUGAUGGGAUGGACAGUUUCCAUAGUAACCACCCCUCCGGGUUAGAUAAUCUGUCGGACUCUCAGUGACCCCCUUAUCUCCGCUGUAACUGAUCUGGGUCUGCUGUCAUGAGCUACAGAUAGGCUAACCCUAUCUAUAAUCUAAAAUCUAAAAUCGAUAACUAUAUUCUAUCAUCUAUAAUACCCUGUACUCUGUAAUACGCUCUACUUCUAUGCGCUCUACUUCUAUGCGCUCUGUGCUCUAUGCGCUCUACUUCUCUGCGCUCUAUGCUCUAUGCGCUCUAUUCUUUAUGUGCUCUACUUCUCUGCGCUCUAUGCUAUAUGCGCUCUGCUUCUAUGCGCUCUACUUCUCUGAGCUCUGUGCUCUAUGCGCUCUACUUCUAUGCCCUCUACUUAUCUGAGCUCUGUGCUCUAUGCGCUCUACUUCUAUGCUCUAUACUUCUAUGCGCUCUACUCCUAUGCGCUCUACUUCUAUGCGCUCUAUGCGCUCUACUUCCAUCCGCUUUGUGCUCUAUGCGCUCUACUUCUCUGCGCUGUAUUUGCUCUACUUCUCUGCGCUCUGUGCUCUAUGCGCUCUACUUCUAUGCGCUCUACUUAUCUGCGCUCUGUGCUCUAUAUGCUCUACUUCUAUGCGCUCUACUUCUCUGCGCUCUGUGUUCUAUGUGCUCUACUUCUCUGUGCUCUACUUCUCUGUGCCCUAUGCGCUCUACUUCUAUGCGCUCUACUUCUCUGCGCUCUACUUCUCUGCGCUCUACUUCUAUCCGCUCUGUGGUCUCUGCGCUCUACUUCUCUGCGCUAUGUGCUCUAUGCACUCUACUUUUCUGCGCUCUGUGUUCUAUGCGCUCUACUUCUAUGUGCUCUACUUCUCUGUGCUCUAUGCGCUCUACUUCUAUGCGCUCUACUUCUCUGCGCUCUAUGUGCUCUUCUUCUCUGUGCUCUAUGCACUCUACUUCUAUGCGCUCUACUUCUCUGCGCUCUAUGUGCUCUUCUUCUCUGUGCUCUAUGUGCUCUACUUCUCUGCGCUCUACUUCUAUCCGCUCUGUGCUCUCUGCGCUCUACUUCUCUGCGCUAUGUGCUCUAUGUGCUCUACUUUUCUGCGCUCUAUGCUGUACUUCUCUGCGCUCUAUGCGCUCUACUUCUCUGCGCUCUACUUCUAUGCGCUCUGUGCUCUAUGCGCUCUACUUCUCUGCGCUCUCUGCGCUCUCUGUGCUCUACUUCUAUUCACUCUACUUCUCUGCGCUCUACUACUAUGCGCCCUACUUCUCUGCGCUCUGUGCUCUAUGCGCUCUACUUCUCUGCGCUCUCUGUGCUCUACUUCUAUGCACUCUACUUCUCUGCGCUCUACUUCUCUGCGCUCUGGGCUCUAUGCGCUCUACUUCUCUGCGCUCUACUUCUCUGCGCUCUGGGCUCUAUGCGCUCUACUUCUCUGCGCUCUACUUCUCUGCGCUCUACUUCUUUGCGCUCUAUGCACUCUACUUCUCUGCGCUCUGUGCUCUAUGCGCUCUACUUCUCUGCGCUCUGUGCUCUAUGCACUCUACUUCUCUGCGCUCUACUUCUCUGCGCUCUACUUCUCUGCGCUCUGGGCUCUAUGCGCUCUACUUCUCUGCGCUCUGGGCUCUAUGCGCUCUACUUCUCUGCGCUCUGUGCUCUAUGCGCUCUACUUCUCUGCGCUCUGGGCUCUAUGCGCUCUACUUCUCUGCGCUCUACUUCUCUGCGCUCUGGGCUCUAUGCACUCUACUUCUCUGCGCUCUACUUCUCUGCGCUCUACUUCUCUGCGCUCUGGGCUCUAUGCGCUCUACUUCUAUGCGCUCUACUUCUCUGCGCUCUACUUCUCUGCGCUCUACUUCUCUGCGCUCUGGGCUCUAUGCUCUGCUCUCUAUGCGCUCUACUUCUCUGCGCUCUACUUCUCUGCGCUCCAUGCUCUAUGCUCUGCGCUCUAUGCUCUACUCUACACUCCAUCCUGGUUUCAGAGUAUGAGCCGUGGUGAGGAGAGGUCCUCCAUGGACAGCAGUCCCAGGAAGUGGGUGCUGCAGUCUCUGACUCUCCGCCUGGACCCCUCUGACCUCCGCACCCUGCUGGGUCCCCCGGUCCCCCCGCUCUGCCCCCCUGGCCCCCAGGGGUCAGGGGGGGCUCUGGUACCGGCCCGACUAGUGACGUUGUCACAAUGUGAAGACCCCGAUGGAGAUGUCCCUCUCACCAGCUGUCCCAGCGGUCCCAGCAGUCCCAGUCGUCCCAGUAUUCCCAGUAGUCCCAGUAUUCCCAGUAGUCCCAGUCGUCCCAGUCCCAGCAGUCCCAGUAGUCCCAGUAGUCCCAACAGCAGCGCCGGCUCCCCCUGCGGUUUCUACAGUUUUGUCGACUCUGGGAGUCUGGAGGCGGGGCUGAACGAGGCGUGGAUGCUCUCUCCACGGAGACGGCUGCAGCUGAACACCCUGAGGGAGGGGGAGGGCUUCAGGCUGCAGACCUACCAGAGCCACCGGAGGCCGGGACGCCUGUUCCAGGAGGAGGAGGAGCGGUACCGCACCGAGCAGCACGGACCUGCAGCUCAGGAAGAAGAGCAACAAGAACUGCGUCGUGAGAUCAUCCGCACCCAAGCCCCGAAGAGCAGCCUGACGCUGGGAGCCCGGGGCCACUCUGGGAGAGGGGGGGAACCGACCCGCUCCCCGGCCAAGCGGCAGGGAGGUUCUAGUCUCCGCGUUGAGUCCCGCACCUUGAGCCCAGAAGGAGGUACCACAGACACGUCUGGGAGCGUCGACAGCGGGCAGAUCGACUUCAGCACCGCCAGACAGCAGUUCCAGAAGCUGGAGCGCGACCGGCUGAAUGUGCCGAGGUCUCCUCAGAACGCAGCUCUGCCUCCAGACCAGCCUCCCUCCAAGCCUCCGUCGAGGCCCCUGCACCAGGAAAGUACGGCAGCAUCCUUGCAUAAGCAGGAUGUACCAGACCACGUCCCUACCCAGAGAGACCGUUCCUCCACCCUGGGGCUGGCCCGGCCACCCGCCUCUGCCCGCUUCAGCGAUGGCCGCCCCUCCCCUGUCUGCCCCGAGGACAGAACAGGGCCGGGGGGGCUCUCUCCGGAGACGCCGAUCGAGAGAGAGAUGCGUGAGGCUCAGCAGCGAGAGGAGACGCUGCGGCGUGCGCGGGGACUGAAGCCCAUUAGGGCGGAGAUGGUUGAGAUCAAGUCCAAGUCUUUAUUUUCCCAGCUCAGCCCUUCUGGGCUGAAAGGUAAGGAGAGGAACCAAGUCCGCUUCCUGACCCAGCGAGAGAUCCAGCAGGGAAGGAGUUCACUGCAAGAUAACCCCUACCCUAACUCUGACCUCGACCCUAGCCCCUACCCUUACCUCAACCCUAACCCUGACCUCGACCCUAACCCCUACCCUAACCCCUACCCUAAGCCUAACCUCGACCCUAACCCUAACCUCGACCCUAACCCCUACCCUAAGCCUAACCUCGACCCUAACCCCUACCCUAACCCUAACCUCGACCCUAACCCCUACCUUAAGCCUAACCUCGACCCUAACCCUAAACUCGACCCUAAACCCUCCUCUAAGCCUAACCUUGACCCUAACCCCUACCCUAAGCCUUACCUCGAACCUAACCCCUACCCUAAGCCUAACCUCGACCCCAGCCCCUACCCUAACCCUAAACCCUCCCCUAACCCCUACCCUAAGCCUAACCUCGACCCUAACUCCUACCUUAACCCUAACCUCGACCCCAACUCCUACCCUAACCCUAACCUCGACCCUAACCCCUACCCUAACCUCGACCCUAACCCUAACCUCGACCCUAACCCCUACCCUAACCCCUCCCCUAACCCUAACCUCGACCCUUAUCCCCAGGAAGGUCAGCAGGCUCCCUCCCAGCUGGAGGCCAGCCUGAGAGGGUCUGAGAGAGGGAGGCCUUUAGAGGAAAGCAGCAGAGACAGAGGAGGAGAGAGGGAGUUGGCCCCAGGGUCACCCUCCUCCUGCUGUCCUCAGAGACACACUGAAGACCCCCAGCUGGGCCCCUGGAGCGCUGCCGACCACCACAACUCCUGGGCCCACCGUCAGGUCCUGCCCCCCGCCCGCCUUGACCCUCUGGCUCCGGUGACGGAGGCUGACGGAGGCACCAGGAGCAGCGUCACAGCAGGGGCAGCUGGGCGAGCAGGUCCUCGUGGCUGGAGGGAGGGGCGGGGCGUGGGGGGGGCUGGCGUCCCGGGCCGCGUCAAGAGGGACAUCGAGGAGGACCUGAGGCGAGAGGAGGAGCUCCGGCAGCAGAGGGGAACCGGACCCUCACCCCCCCUGGAACCAGGACCCUCAGCCCCCCUGGAACCAGGACCCUCAGCCCCCCUGGAAUCGGGACCCUCAGCCCCUCUGGAAUCUGGACCCACCGCCAAACGCUCAACACCAGAUCAACCCUCCUUCUGCUUCUCCACCCUCCUCCUCCCGUCUCCCUGGAGGCCCACCCUGCACCCCACCACCCCCACCCUGCACCCCACCACCCCCACCCUACACCCCACCCUACACCCCACCCCCACCCUACACCCCACCACCCCCCUACACCCCACCACCCUGCAACCCAGCACCACCCUACACCCCACCACCCUGCACCCCACCCUACACCACACCCCCACCCUACACCCCACCACCCUACACCCCAACACCCUACACCCCACCCUACACCCAAACACCCUACACCCCACCCUACACUCCAGCACCACCACCCGAGCCUCCAACGGCCCCCCGCUCCAGAGUCACGUUAAACCCAGACUGCAGGAGAGCUCGUAUGCAGGGAUCCUUCCCAUUGAUCACAUCAACAACCAGGUGGUGAAGGCCACUCGCGUCUUCAGGCACCAGAACCUCAAGGCCCUGCAAUGGGAAGCCGGCCAGUUCUACUCCCUGCCGGACCAGCAAGCUCCCAAUGCCUCUGACCAGACCAGUCCCACUGCCUCUGACCAGACCAGUCCCACUGCCUCUGACCAGACCAGUCCCACUGCCUCUGACCAGACCAGUCCCACUGCCUCUGACCAGACCAGUCCCACAAAAAUCAUAUAAGACAACAAACUUCAUUAAAUGUAUUCAUUUAUUUUGAAAGGAAAUUUAAUUUAAAUUAGUGUUUCAAUACAGAAUGAUAUCUGAAUGUUUUACUUUAAAAACGUACGAGUCCUGUUAACCACCUCUAAUACGACUCUACUCAAAUAAAGCAAAACUAAAUUAAA